AAAAUCACAAAAAACCCGCCACUAAUCACGCACCAUGCCCAAAUAAACCCAUUAUUUAUCAUUUCAAAAUAUAUUUAAAAACCCCAAAAACCCCCAACACAAUCAUCAUCGCCUUCACGUUCUUUAUCUUCUUCUUCUUCUUCUCUUCCAAAAACGUGUCACCAACACUUCACCAUUUUCCACAUAAAACCCAACGCAUCAACCACAAAAAACACCACCACUAACAAAAAAUGGAAGACGAACACAAUGAAGGAGGUGAAGAGUAUUUGUUCAAGAUCGUUUUAAUCGGAGAUUCAGCAGUAGGAAAAUCGAAUUUACUUUCACGAUUCGCGCGAAAUGAGUUCGAUUCAAAUUCGAAAGCGACGAUCGGUGUUGAAUUUCAGACGCAGAUGGUGGAAAUUGAUGGAAAAGAAAUUAAGGCACAGAUCUGGGAUACUGCUGGUCAAGAAAGGUUUAGAGCUGUUACUUCUGCUUAUUAUAGAGGUGCUUUUGGUGCUCUUGUUGUUUAUGAUAUUAGUAGAAGAGAUACUUUUGAUAGUAUCAAGAGGUGGCUUGAUGAACUCACAACUCAAAAUGAUAGCACCGUAGCAAGAAUGUUGGUGGGAAAUAAGUGUGAUUUAGAGAAUAUCAGAGCAGUAAGUGUAGAGGAGGGCAAAGCUCUUGCAGAAGAAGAAGGUUUGUUCUUUAUGGAGACAUCAGCACUCGAUUCUACCAAUGUCCAAACAGCUUUUGAGAUUGUCAUCCGCGAAAUUUACAAUAAUAUCAGCCGCAAAGUCUUGAACUCUGACUCCUAUAAGGCUGAAUUGUCUGUGAAUCGAGUAAGUCUGGUUAAUGGGGAAGGAUCAAAGAAAAAUCUGCUCAAUUUUUCCUGUUGUUCUUGAUGAGCUUUUAGCUUCGAGUUGAAAUCGACUCUUCUUUGGAUCUUUCAAGAGUAGUUUGUUGUUCUAUACUUUUUUUUCUUUCUUUUACGACAUUUUCCGUAGCCACUAUUUUUGCCAUUUUGUGUUUCCUUCUUCAUUUCCUUCUCCAUGUUUAAGAGUUUAAGUUCUUAUGACCCUCAUCCCAUACAUUCUUAAAGAAAAAAAAGAAAAGAAAUGAGAAAUGUUUUACACUUC